AUGCAUACUUUCCUUCAAAUUGUGGAGAUUUGUGACAACUUUCCCUAUCCCGAUAGCUCUGCAGAAUUUUCAAAUGUUGUUCCAUUAACUUUAAAUAAAACCAAAAUUGGCAUUUUAUUACCUUCUACAAUUGAUAUAUUACGAGAAUAUAACAGUCGUCUUGACCCAGCUCCUUUAGAAAUUAGUGAAAAAAAUGUCACUUUUUCAGCGCAUAUAACCAAUUUCCAAGAACGUACAGAAGCGAUGAAGCAAUUAUUUGAUACUUUGAGGUCCGAGAAAAAAUUUGCUGCUUUGGAAGGUUGGCGGAAUGAGCUAUAUCCAGUUUAUGGGGAUAUCAAUCAUCCUUUCAAUGUGGCUUUUGUCAUGGAACGUGCAGCCACUCCCAUUCUCGGUAUUCCAACUUUUGGAGUCCAUUUGAAUGGAUAUGUCAAAACUCCAGAAGGAGUGAUUAAAAUGUGGAUUGCUAAGCGUGCAUCAACUAAACCCACAUGGCCUGGAAAAUUGGAUAAUACUAUUGCUGGCGGCAUAACAUACGGAUUUUCUAUCAACGAGACCAUUGUAAAAGAGGCAAUGGAAGAAGCCAAUGUAUCUGCCGAUAUUUCAAGCACAGCAGUACCAACAAGCGCAAUUACGUAUUUUACCGUUACGAAAUUUGGGCUUCAACCAGAAACUCAAUAUAUAUAUGAUCUAGAGUUUCCUGUGGAUGUUCGACCAAAACCUUUAGAUGAUGAGGUUGAAUGCUUUUACUUAUGGGAUACUGACGAGGUCAAAAAAAAUUUAUUAGAAGGGAAUUUCAAGCCUAACUGUGCAUUAGUCGUUAUUGAUUUUUUUAUUCGGCAUUCUAUAAUAACACCCGACAAAGAGCCUGAUUACAUUGAAAUUUUAACUAGAAUACAUAGAAGACUUGAAUUUCCGAACCCAAAAAUGAUUUAG